AUGUAUUCAUUUUCAGCUGUGCCCGUAUGCUUGUUGAUAGGUAAAAAACAUGUCUUAACGCUAUAUUUUUUCAAUAAUUUUUAGCUAUCCUAAGAAGUAAUGCUCAAGAAAUAGAAGCUGAAACAAUUCUGACAGAUACAGGAGUGAAUUUGAUUACUACGGAUACCGAAAUAAGUGGAGAAAGUAAGAGAAAAAAAACACAUUUUUCACGGAAUGUGAAACAGUCGAUUGAGUUUAAAUUAAGAAAAAACAAGGUUAUCAAUUACUAUAGUCAGUUCUUGAAUAAAAUGUGGUUAGAAUCUAACGGAACCAAUUUAUCAUAAAUUUAAUAUAAAACUGUUUCAGUUACUAUUCCAUACAAGCUAGUUGGAAGACUGGCGAUUGGACUCAAAAACAAUGUUAAAACACCGUAGGUUAAGAUUUCGAACACUGAUCGGUGAAAUUGAUAAAGUUUUUAGAAUACCAUGCACAGUUGAUUUACCAUUCCAAUGCAAUGGAACUUUGUCAAUUUCAGCUGAUGGGAAAUAUUACCUAUAUUACCAAAGUGAGUCGAACAACAAAAUGUUAGACAUUUGUCAUUUUUAGGAUUGAGUGAAUUGUAUGUCCCCGUUACAUCACACAGUUUUUUGGGUUAUGAAUUCAAAUUUGCUGAUCCAGCAACCGGAGGAAAUACAGGAAAUACCAACGCCGAAGUUAGUCCAAUGGAUUUUUAA